GGCCGCCGGGUCGGGGCCGGCGCCCGCCCUGAGGGGAGCGCGGCGGCAGCAGGCAGUGGCUGUGGGCUCCGGGACGGCUGUUUGGUGUCUCUUCACAGAUCUGGAUAGUAACCCCUGACCUCUUCGAACAGCACUUCUGGACCUGCUGACAGCCUCUGCUACUCAGCCUUACCUAGUGCGAUGUCCGGCCAUCACACUCCCUCUGCUGGGGGUCCCUUCUCAGCACUCACUCCCAGCAUUUGGCCUCAGGACAUCCUGGCAAAAUACACACAGAAAGAAGAAUCCGUCGAGCAGCCAGAGUUUCGCUAUGAUGAAUUCGGUUUCCGAGUUGACAAGGAAGCAGAUGGUGCUGAGCCGAACUCCAGCAAGCUUCUGGGGGUCCCACUGACGGAGGAACCACAGCAGAGGCUCAAGUGGCAGGCUCAUCUGGAAUUCACACACAACCAUGACGUGGGCGACCUCACCUGGGACAAAAUUGAAGUCACCCUACCCCAUUCAGACAAGCUGCGCUCCCUGGUGCUAGCUGGCAUCCCACAUAGCAUGAGGCCACAGCUGUGGAUGCGCCUUUCAGGGGCUUUGCAGAAGAAGAGGAACUCAGAGAUGUCAUAUCGGGAUAUUAUAAAAAACAGCUCUAACGAUGAAACCAUUGCUGCCAAACAGAUUGAAAAGGACUUGCUACGCACAAUGCCCAGCAACGCCUGCUUCUCCAACAUGAACAGUAUCGGAGUGCCAAGGCUACGCAGGAUACUACGGGGACUUGCCUGGCUCUACCCAGAGAUUGGAUAUUGUCAGGGCACUGGCAUGGUGGCUGCUUCUCUGCUGCUCUUCUUGGAGGAGGAAGAUGCCUUCUGGAUGAUGUGUGCUAUCAUUGAGGAAUUGGUUCCUGCCUCCUACUUCAGUACCACUCUCAUGGGCGUGCAGACAGACCAGCGUGUCCUGCGGCAGCUCAUCGUGCAGUACUUGCCUCGCCUGGACAAGCUGCUUCAGGAGCAUGACAUUGAGCUCUCCUUGAUCACCUUGCACUGGUUCCUCACCUCUUUUGCUAGUGUUGUCCACAUCAAGCUGCUGCUGCGUAUUUGGGACCUCUUCUUCUACGAGGGCUCUCUGGUGCUGUUCCAAGUCACUUUGGGCAUGCUAAGUAUGAAGGAGGAUGAGCUAAUCCAGUCGGAGAACUCUGCCUCCAUCUUCAACACGCUCUCAGACAUCCCAAGUCAGAUUGAAGACGCAGAUGUGUUGCUGCGGGAGGCCAUGCGCGUGGCUGGCUCGCUGACAGACGUGGCAGUGGAGACCCAGCGCCGCAAACACUUGGCCUACCUCAUUGCUGAGCAAGGGCAGCUGCUCAACUCCAGCACCACCGUCAACAAUUUAUCCAAAAUUGUGCGGCGCAGGACUCAGCGCAGGAAAUCUGGCAUCACCUCUCUGCUUUUCGGGGAUGAUGAUCUGGAGGCACUGAAAGCCAAGAACAUCAAGCAGACAGAGCUGGUGGCUGAUCUGCGUGAGGCCAUUCUCCAGGUGGCACGGCACUUCCAGUGUGUGGAUCCCAAGAACUGCAGCAUUGAUCUGACUCCAGACUACAGCAUGGAGAGCCACCAGCGGGACCACGAGAACUACGUGGCCUGUUCUCGCAACCGACGCCGGCGAGCCAAGGCACUGCUGGACUUUGAGCGCCACGAUGACGACGAGCUGGGCUUCCGCAAGAACGACAUCAUCACGAUCAUUUCCCAGAAGGAUGAGCACUGUUGGGUGGGAGAGCUGAAUGGACUGAGAGGUUGGUUUCCUGCAAAAUUUGUGGAAAUCUUGGAUGAGCGGAGUAAAGAGUACUCCAUUGCUGGAGAUGACUCAGUCACGGAAGGAGUGACCGACUUGGUGCGAGGAACGCUUUGUCCAGCCUUGAAGUCCAUAUUUGAACAUGGAUUGAAGAAACCGUCUCUGCUGGGAGGGCCCUGCCACCCUUGGCUGUUCAUUGAAGAGGCUGCAAGCCGGGAAGUGGAACGGGACUUUGACUCUGUGUAUUCUCGCCUUGUGCUCUGCAAGACUUACAGGCUUGAUGAAGAUGGCAAAGUCCUCACUCCAGAGGAGCUGCUUUACCGGGCAGUUCAGGCUGUGAACAUGACACACGAUGCUGCACAUGCACAGAUGGACGUGAAGCUUCGUUCUCUCAUCUGUGUUGGACUCAAUGAGCAGGUGCUGCAUUUGUGGCUGGAGGUGCUGUGCUCAAGCCUGCAGACCGUGGAGAAGUGGUUCCAUCCCUGGUCAUUCCUGCGCAGUCCCGGCUGGGUGCAGAUCAAAUGUGAGCUGAGGGUCCUCUGCAAAUUUGCCUUCAGCCUCUCUCAGGACUGGGAGCUGCCAAUAAAGAGGGAGGAGAAGGAGAAGAAGCCACUGAAGGAAGGAGUGCAGGACAUGCUCGUGAAGCACCAUCUCUUCAGCUGGGACAUAGAUGGGUGACCCCCACCCCACCCCAUGCUGGGAAACCUUCUCGACUGCACACACUCCUCUCCCCCACCCCUGUCAUGUCUCACCCCUUGCCCUCCCCCACCCCACCCACUUGUAUCUGUGACAAAAUCCCCCUCGGGGGGGGCUGCCAGACCACCUGGGACAGAUGGCAGCAGCGCCAAGAGGCCAAGCUGCCAACCCAAGGGAGGUGAUGGUCGAGGGUAGUGCUGCAAAGGGACAAGUGUGUUCUGGCUACAAAAACCAAGUGCCCCGCUCC